AUGUUUAUGUCAUAUGUCAGUAUUCUGAUAUUGAUUAUUGCUAAUAUUAUUGGUGAAUAUAUUCACAGUGAAGAUGAACCAAAAAUAACACCAAAAACAACUGAAAGACCAAGAGAACCUUGUGAAGAAGAUGAUUGUCAAUCACCUCCAAAUCUAGUUGGUCCUGUUGUUGGUUCUUUGUGUGGAAUAGUUCUAAUUGCCUUAAUUGUUAUUUUGAUAAUAUGA